CUACACCAUGUCAGCCAUACUAGCACCCAGCGACUCGACGGCACGAACGAGACGUCUGGCGUGGCCCCAGGCUUCCCCCAUGUCGUCCUCAUUGUCAAAUACCGUGUCGAUGUCGCACUCCUCGCUGGACAUCAUGAUGGUGAUGCCAGUGGGUUUGUCGACGUCUCCCUUGUAGAUGUCGAAUGUGUCCGGCAGAUCGCGGAUGCGGCGGGCGAGUGCAGCUCGAGAAGUGAGCGCGCUCAUAUUGACGAGUGCUCUGUUGGGGAUGGCGGCGUCGAUGUCGAUCUCUAUGAUGCUACCGCUGUCAUUGAUGUCCUCGUCGUUGGUGGGCUGAGUAUCGUCGGCGGUGGGCAUGUGGGUGUCGACAGCAGAAGCAGCAGCUGCUGCUGCAGACGAGGGGGCUGUGCGUUUGCGGCCUCGAUGGGUGUUGGUCUGGUGAUAGUCCUCGAGGAGGCGGGGGAGGGCGGCGAUAGCGUCCGCCACCUUCUGUGGGUUGGUCUCAUUGAUGACGAAACUCACGACACCGUUGACGCCUUACAGGAGGAGGCUGAUUUGCUGCUCGAGGUCUGUGCGCUGUACACUACGUAGGUUGGGGUUGCUGACGAAUGGCUUAGCGGCGGCGAUGUCAUUGAGGAUGCUCCGGUGGGGCUGCGAGUUGUGCUUGUCGCACAGCAGCUUCAACGCCGUCCCCACGACGAGGAGCGUCUUGACGGUGACGCCGCGUAUGUGGCUGUCGGGGUGGCCGAGUGUGAGGAAGGCGUCCUUCUCGCUGAGGUGUCGGAUGCCGUCGGUUUGGUCGUUCUUCACCAUGAUGUACUUCAUGUUCCCGUUCCGGAUGACCCGCACGAUCCCCUCGGUAGUAUAAAAACAUGCCUUGAAGCGGCCUUGAUUGUGGGCGGCAAUGCCGUGAGGGUUGAGCGGGUCAUCGACAAAGCGGACCUCCGUGUCACGAUCCGUGUGGGAGCGUGUACGGGACGGAGCCGACUGGUCGCCGGCGCCGAUGUCGCGAAGGACGUCCACGAAGCGGGAGGGGGCGUGGCUCAU